AUGAGUGGUCUGGGCUCAGGGCUGGGAGCUGUAGUCAGAGACAGUUUGGGGAAUGUUCGUGGCUGCUCUUCGGUGCAGAUGAUGGAUGUGUGGGAAACUAAGAUUGCUGAAGCUAAGGCUAUCUUCUGGGGUUUGAAGCUUGCUCAGGAGAUGGGUUUGAGCAGAGUAGAGGUAGAGAGUGACUGCCUUCCUGUGAUCCAGGCCUUGCGUGAGAAGAGUAGUGGUUCUAGUUCUUUUCAUCUUGUCAUUGAGGAUAUUGUUAAUUUGUGUUCUAGUUUUGCUUUUGUUUCUUGGUCUUUCAUUAAACGUGAUGGGAAUAGGGUGGCACACGACUUGGCUCAUUUUCAACCUUGGGAGGUUGGCCAACGUAUGUGGAUUGAUGUAAUCCCAUCUCGUAUUGUUAAUCUUGUUACGGCUGAUUUAAUUUAG